AUGCAGAUUUUCGUCGGAGAAACUUCCAUUGCUGGAAAUGUGGAUGCAGCACAGCCGAAUGACCUUCAACUCCUGCAUAGAAUUCUGUAUGGUGCCGAAACCACACUAAGCUGGGUUAGGAGAAAAGUGCAAAAAUUCGAAGGUUUUGAUUUCGGAUUGCACUCUCCUCAGUUUGCGGAUAGGUUGAAGCUUAUAGAGAAUGCAGAUGUGGAGAACGUAAGGAAAACCUGUGAGCUGCUCGAAAUUCCAAUUGGAAAAGACGACACGACACAGCAGCUGUCAGCUGCGAUAAUGCAACAAAUUUUCAACUUGAGCAAUGCAUCUGUCUCAGGAGCUGCUUGUCUGGGCUACCAGGCACAAGUUUCACCGUCGCUGUUGGCUCAGUCUACGGAGUAUGGGUUUACGGACAAAAGUCGGAUUAUUAAUCCAUUCCAUGCAGAGCCAUCCGUUGCUGAUAGCAGAGCGUCGAGCAGAACCGCGCAAGUCACGGUGAUGCGUGCAAAGCUGGAGGCUGAAAGAAAGUUAGCUGAACUUGAGGAGCAACAAGCACGCGAAAAAAGACGGCGAGCGGAAAAAGUGCUUAAAGCGGAAAUGGAACUGAAAAUUGCCGAGGCGGCGUUGGCAGAGGAGCUCACUCAAACACUGGAUGUCGCUCGAGCCAACCAAUGUUUUCAAAACGUGCAGGAGGAAGAUCCAGUGGACAGAGUGCAAGAGUGGGUCCUUAAUCUUCAAACACCCAAGAGCUCGACGAUGAAUCAUUCCUUUGCGAGGAACAACCAGGUGCAUGUUGAGUCUAGCGAAAGCCAAACAAGUCGCGGAGAACGACUGCCACAAGGGAGUUCCAGUGCGGACACCGAAAUGUUGCAGAUCACCAAAUCGAUGCAGCGGAUGCUGGCGAGAACAACGGGAGGACAGUCCCUUCCGAAUUUCGACGGAAACGUUAAGGAAUGGCCGCUUUUUAUCAACCAGUACCGGCUUACAACUGCAGCGGGCGAAUACACGGGAAUAGAAAACGUCGUAAGGUUGAAUAAAUGUUUGACGGGGAAAGCAAGAGAGGCUGUUCAUCACAUGCUUAUGGCAUCAACGGACGCUGAAGAGAUCGUGAAGGCCCUGGAGCUACGUUUUGGAAGACCCGAGUUGCUGCUGCGAACCUUGAUUCAGGAAAUAAGAACUCUUCCAGCCGUUACCAACUGGGAAUCCUUCAUUGUGUUUGACGGCGUUGUUCGAAACCUGACUGCUGGCAUCAAAGGGUUGAAGCACCACAUUUACAAUCCUGAACUGCUUUGUUUGCUGCUACAAAAACUUCCACAGUACCAGACGAUUAUGUGGGGAAAAUACGUCACUGAGAGGAGCAUUUUGGAGCCAACAGUGAUCGAUUUUGCAAAAUGGGUUGAAGAAAUGGCCAAGUAUGCUUCGUGUGUCAACUAUUCAUUGGCUGCUGGAGGAAUUUUCGAAGAGCCGGUCCAAACAAGCAGUUGUUACCGGCAGGACAACCGGAGAGUGGACAGCAAGAAAUGUCCGGUAUGUCAAAGAGACAGUCAUGAAGUUACGUCGUGCGAAAUCUUUAAGGAUUCGGAUCCAAAACGCAGAUAUCAAUUGGCUGUUGAAAACAAGCUGUGCUUUUGCUGCCUGCGAUCUCACAGUGGACGGUGUGAUAGAAGGCAACAGUGUCCUGUGGAAGGUUGCAAUCGUUAUCAUCAUGGAUUGCUUCAUAAAGUAGAAAAGACAAGUGCUCCGGUUACAUCAACACAAGACAAAGUUGGCGUGAAUGCGGUUGGUUCAGAGCAGCCGAAGCUGUAUCAAGCUCUUCUGAAGAUUAUUCCCGUUCGGAUCCGUGGCCCCAAGGGAACUGCAGUCGUGCCUGCUCUAUUGGACGAGGGCUCCAGUCUAACGCUCAUCGACUCUAACCUGGCAACCCUUGUCGGGAUAAGCGGCUACAGGAGACCAUUAUGCUGUACACUGAUGGGUGGAUCGACGCGAUCGGACGACUAUUCAGAGAUUGUGGAAGCGGAAGUUGGUCAUAAGGGACAGGAAACUCCAUUCUUCACGCUGAAAGGUGUUCGCACGGUGAAACAUUUGAAUUUGAAUGGACAAAGGAUUGACGUGACGGCAUUGAUUUCAAAAUUUCCUUACGUCAAAACGGCUGAUCUGGAAUGCUUGGAUGGUCGACCGCCAAUGUUGCUGAUAGGACAACUGCACAUAAAAUUCAUUCAAGCAACUGAAAUAUAUCAACCAGAACCAAACGCGCCGGCAAUCUCAAAAUGUAUCUUGGGAUGGGCUGUACAUGGGCCGUAUGACGUUGAGCAAUGUGGCUCGCAAGGCGUCAAUGUGUGUUGCGGUGAAGAUGAUUUGCACAAUCUCGUAGCUUCGUAUAUCCUGAUUGAAGGCAUGGGCGUCGUUCAGAGUAAAAUUGACCGUCAACGUUCCGAAGAUGAUCGGCGAGCAAUGAAUGCCAUCCAACAGUCAGUGAAAUACGUGAACGGGCAUUUCAUUGUUAAUCUUCCGUACAAAAUAACCACGCCAUUUCCAGAAAGUCGAAAAUUGGCAUUGUCACGGUUAAAAUGCACUGAACGCAAGAUCCACAAGCUCGGAAUAUCUGGAAAGUAUGCGGACAAAAUUCGUGAGUAUAUUUCCAAAGGAUAUGCUGUACCGGUUACCGAAGAUGAGCUGAAGGUGAAGAGAAGCAACUUGUGGUACCUCCCACAUUUUCCUGUGAUGAAUCAGAUGAAGCCUGGGAAAGUGCGUGUUGUUUUCGACGCGGCAGCCAGAUCCAACGGAAUGUGCCUCAAUGAUGCUCUCAUGUCGGGUCCAGAUCUUUUGAAGCGUCUCUUUGGUGUGCUGUUGCGGUUUCGAACUGGAAAAAUUGGAUUCGUAGCGGACAUUGCCGAAAUGUUUCAUCGCAUCGAAAUAGCAGACGAAGAUUCUUGGUCGCAGUGUUUCUUGUAUCGAGAAGACUCGAAGGAAAUCCCGAGGACGUACCGCAUGAAGGCGAUGAUAUUUGGCGCAAAUUCUUCUCCCUUCAUUGCCCAGUACAUUAAAAAUCUGAAUGCGGAGCACCACGCCGACCUGUAUCCAGAAGCUUGUGCACUGAUAAUAGACGAUCAUUAUGUUGAUGAUUGUUUGGGAAGCCAAGACGACGAAUGCCGAGCUGCAGAGCUGAUUCAGGAUGUAAUCCAGAUACACAGUGCAGGAGGAUUCACCAUUCGAAACUUUCGAUGCAGUUCCAGCGAGGUGAUGGAAAGUAUUCCAGAAGAGCUGCGAGCUAGUGUCACCGCUUCUACGAUUGGUGAUUGUCAGCAACGAGUUCUAGGCCUACUGUGGGACAGUGAAAGUGACUGUUUUCUGUUUUCUCCCACACUGAAUAAAAUUGAUUCAGAGCUUUUGCAAGGCAGACGUGUACCUACUAAACGGGAAAUGUUAUCAGUAGUUAUGUCGGUAUACGAUCCCCUGGGAUUUGUCACGCCUCUGACCAUCCGCGGACGCAUUUUGAUGCAACAAGUUUGGCGAAGUGGUAUCGGAUGGGACGAUCAACUAGAUGCGGAAACACAACAGAAGUGGAAUUCAUGGUUGCGGAACUUGAAAGUUGUGGCUGAUGUACAAAUACCCCGUUGUUACAGCAAGAACAUUGAGGAUGGUAACAAGGUCGAACUACACGUAUUUUGUGAUACAAGUUCUAAGGCCUUUGCAGCAGUUGCCUACAUGCGAGUAGUGGCAACAAAUUCUUGCCAGUUUGACGUUGCUUUCGUUUCAUCACGAGCCAGAGUUGCUCCAGUGCGCUCGAUGACAAUCCCAAAAUUGGAGCUGCAAGCGGCGCUGUUGGGGUAUCGUCUGUCUUUGCUGUUGAAAGAGGAACUGCCCGGAAAAUUUGAAAAGGUGUACUACUGGACAGAUUCGAGGACGGUAAUGUGUUGGUUGAACACUAGAAAAGCACUGAAAACGUUUGUAGCAAAUAAGGUCGGAGAAAUAUUGGAGCAGUCUACAUCGGCCGAUUGGAGAUGGAUUUCGACUACGGAUAAUGUGGCGGAUGAGGCAACGAGAGAUACGGGUACACUCAAUCUCCAGCCACAAGGAAGAUGGUGUCGCGGUCCAGAAUUUCUUCAGCGAAGUGAACAAGACUGGCCUAUCUAUUCCGAUCCGGUAGAAACAACGGAGGCAAACGAGGAAUUUUCAGAUGAGGUGAGUGCAGUGAACAUCGUGACGGACUCGAAUCCAGAAUUACCAGACGCACUAAGGUUCAGUAACUGGAGAAGACUGAUACGUGCAACCGCAUACUUUUACAAAGCCGUCGAAGUUUGGUGCAAAAAAGCUACAUUACCAGUUACUCCAGAAGACGAAGCAGCAGCAAUCAAACGUUGGAUAAAGCGUGUGCAGAACGAGCAAUUUCCGGAUGAGCUUCAGGCACUACGAGACGCUAUAAAACUGAAGUCUUCAAGUAAGCUGAACAAAUUGUCACCAUUCCUGGAUGCUGAUGGACUCAUGCGUGCUGGUGGUAGAUUGGAGAACGCUCAAGUUGAUGCAGCUACGCGGCAUCCCAUAGUACUGAACGGAAGCGGCCAUGUCACUGUUCCCAGCAGUGAGUGA